AUGGCAGCCCCCAGGGAAAACCGCUUCUUCCCGCCCGAGCCCUACUAUAUCCCUGGCUACGAGGGCUUCGUCCCUCAGUACAACGACCAGUUUGGAGAGACCUUUGGCAGAACCACGUACCGGCUGCUGACAGACCCCGCGGUUCGGAAGAGCCCUCGCCCCGUGCUGGCGCCGCUGCACAAGCAGAAGUUUGUGGAGGACUUCAGCGGGACGAAGCACGGUGUCCAGGGUUAUCUCCCUGGGCGUCCAGGAUACUUUCCCUAUGAGAAAGCCGAGGCUGCAACAACCUUUCCUGAACCAGCCCCUGGGCCAAAACCUCCCCAGCCGGUGCCAGGGCUGGAAGAGGCAGAGCUGGUGAGGAUGCACAUGGACCCUGAGCCCCAGGACCAUCCCGGCGAGUACGUUCCGAGGACACAACCGCCUCGGGGGUACCCGCGGAGGAUUCCCUGCCAUCCCGCAUCGGAGGGGCAAGAGUGGCGACUGCCCGAGAUAACCCCGGGAAAAAGGUGCGGAGCUUUGGCAGGGAGCAAACCGCCCAUAAAAAUUGAAGGUGUGACUCUGCCAGGAGUGGUUGAAACUGCGGACGUGGAGCAAGAUAAUCGGUUACCAAAACUGGAUGUACCAAAUGUGAUCCAACAGAAAGUCAUUCCAGGGUACGCUGGAUUCAUCCCCCGCCUCACCUGGAUCCACGGUGUGGACUACGUGCGGGGUGUGAAGGAAGCCAUGAAGGAAUUUGAACGCCAUCAGUUUUUGCAGCGAAACCCAGUUUGCGGCUUCGGCAAGAGAUUCCCCCAAACGCACUGGCCUGACUACAGGAUUUACACCAGCGCUGGACUGAUACCUUCCUACACAGGCUUCGUACCAGACCUCCGACACACCUACGCGCUCACUUUUGGAAACGGCACCCGAAAAGCUUACCAAAAGGAACAAAGGAGACGAGCUUGUGCACUGUGA